AGAACCAACAGUCCAAAGGAAAGAGCCACGACGCGCUGCGCAUGCGCGCUCUUCGCAAGCUGAAACCAGCAAGUUCCGCCUUCCAGCCUGAAGCGCAUGCGCAGCCUCGGUUCCGUUGCGUACCGUGCGCGUCUGUGGGAUACUGCAGGGUUCAGGGACAACUAAGAAGAUGGCGGUUGCGCGCUUGGCAGCGGUGGCGGCCUGGGUACCUUAUCGGAGCUGGGGCUGGGCAGCCGCCCCCGUCGGUCCCCACCGUGGCCUGGGCGCGCUGCUUGCACUGAUACCUCAGCGGGCGCCACGGUGGCUCCCAGCUUGUAGACAAAAGACGUCACUCUCAUUCCUUAAUCGACCAGACCUUCCAAACCUGGCUUAUAAGAAGCUAAAAGGCAAAAGUCCAGGAAUUAUCUUCAUCCCUGGCUAUCUUUCUUAUAUGAAUGGUACAAAAGCAUUGGCGAUUGAGGAGUUUUGCAAAUCUCUAGGUCACGCCUGCAUAAGGUUUGAUUACUCAGGAGUUGGGAGUUCAGAUGGUAACUCGGAGGAAAGCACACUGGGGAAAUGGAGAAAAGAUGUUCUUUCUAUAAUUGAUGACCUAGCUGAUGGGCCACAGAUUCUUGUUGGAUCGAGCCUUGGGGGGUGGCUUAUGCUUCAUGCUGCAAUUGCACGACCAGAAAAGGUCGUGGCUCUUAUUGGUGUAGCUACAGCUGCAGAUACCUUAGUGACAAAGUUUAAUCAGCUUCCUGUUGAGGACUCUAGAAGGAAAAACUGUAUUUCUUUACAUUCAGCCUAAAAUUUCAUGACUAAAAAAGGAAGUAGAGAUGAAAGGUGUGUGGAGCAUGCCAUCAAAAUACUCUGAAGAAGGAGUUUAUAAUGUUCAGUACAGUUUCAUUAAAGAAGCUGAACAUCACUGCUUGUUACAUAGCCCAAUUCCUGUGAACUGCCCUAUAAGAUUGCUCCAUGGCAUGAAGGAUGACAUUGUACCUUGGCAUACAUCAAUGCAGGUUGCUGAUCGAGUACUCAGCACAGAUGUGGAUGUCAUCCUCCGAAAACAUAGUGAUCACCAAAUGAAGGAAAAAGCAGACAUUCAACUUCUUGUUUACACUAUUGAUGACUUAAUUGAUAAGCUCUCAACUAUAGUUAACUAGUAUCACGUGUUUAGUUGGUAUGUAAACUAAUGUAUCCAGAAGAUUGGAAGAGGAUAAGAAAUGAAAGAUCCUGAUACUUUAGGUUUUUCUUUUACCUCUAUUUUGUAAAUAUCAGAUGAGUAUUAUUUAAUGAUGUAUUUGCACAAGUAAUGCAUAUUGUGAAGAAGGACCAGCUGCUGUUUAGAAAAUUUUCUCGUUCCUUCUGUCCUUGAUUUUUUUUCAUUAAAGUAUUUCCUUUUUUUAAUUCAAGAAAAGUUUACCUUUCUUAUGCUUAUGUUAGCUAUUCCAGCUCUUAAUUGCAUCCUUUUCUAAAUAGGAUUAUUAAAGCGUAAAUAUUUUGUUUAUUAUAGACAGAAAUUUGUAACAUUACUUCUGCUUUGAAAAUGCAAUUCACAAAAUAUAGGGAAAUUUUUAUUGAAGUAAAUUUGAAAUGAUGGAGAAAUUUCAGAAGCAUAAUAAAGUUCACAAUAAAGAUAAUACUUUAUAUAAUGUAUAAAGUAUAAUUAUAUAUGUUACAUAAACUGCACAUUAUAUUCAAACUUAAAAUUAAGCUUUUACUUUUUUUAAAGGCCCAAAAUUGUACAGUGAUACGAGGAGCUGUUUCUCAAUUUUGGCUUAUGUGUAAUAUAUUUAAAUGGGGAAUUUCAUCUAAAACAAUGAUGUAGCAUUUUAAUAUUCUGAUUGGUAAAAUUAAAGAGGAAGUUGAUCUUGAUAUGUUAUUACUUAUAGAAACAUUCAUUAUUUUAUUAAUAUUGCCCUAAGUACAACUAGGCACGUGGUUGCCACCUAAAUCAGAAGACUUUCUGAAGUCACUAAGAAAGUGUGAAAUGCUAGUGUAAAGGUUGCUUUUUUUUUCUUUCCUAAGUAACUAAAGUGAGAUGGAGAUUAAGCCUUGAUAUUAUUGAGUUAAUGUUUUUUAUUUAUUAAUUUUGACUGGCUUUUAUUUAGCUUGAUUAGGUUAUUAUUUGUCAAACCUUUUAAGUUGACAACAUGACUCAUAUAUAUACAUGUAUAUAAAAUGAGCAUGUGUCGAAGACUUACUCAACUCAUUAAUGAGGAAACCAGCAGAUAGUAAAGCUGGUUCAAAGUGCAGUUCAAGAAACUAAGUAAGGGCAUUGAAGAAAAAAUGUUGAGAUAAAAUUGCUGAGCAGAAAAAAGUGUUAAUGAAGCCGACCUGACUACUUAUGCUUAAGACCUGCUUUACAAGGUUGGCCCUUGAUUGGCAUCUGGGAACUUGGAGUUCAGGGGGCUUCCACCAUUCCCACAACUGAUCAAAGUAGCUUACUAUAUCUAAACUGUAAAACAAUAUAGUUUCUCCUGAAAACAAUAUAGCUUUCCUUCUGGGAGUCUGGAAUUUUGGUAUGUGCCAGGCAGAGACUACCCUUUGUGACCAGCUCCCAGUAAAAACUGCAGGCACUCAGUCUCUAACAAGCUUUUCUGGUUGACGGUGUUGCACAAGUGCUGUUACAACUGGUUGCUGGGAGAAUUAAGCUCAUCUGUGAUUCCACUGGCAGAGGAUUCUUGGAAGCUUGCACUUAGUUUCCCCUGACUUCACCCCAUGUGUCUUUUUUCCUUUGCUGAUUUUGCUUUGUAUCCUUUAACUGUAAUAAAUCAUGGCCGUGAGCAGAACUGUA